AUGGCGCCUUGGGAAGAGUUCGAUAUCGCGUUUGCCUUUAAACGGGAUCAUUCCUAUGACCACAAGCUAGUGGACCAAAUAAUCACAAAUCGACGAGUGCUCGACCAUGUCCUCUUCGUUGACCGUCUGCUGAAGAUACUCGGGAUUGAAGGAGCAUCGAAGAUUUACCCCCCGCGAUCAAACCAGAAUCUACGGUCUCUCUUCCAACAGAUAGUCUCAUCGACGUCACCCAAUCAUCACAAACAAUCAUUGAUAUACUACAUCCUGAAGGACUGUCGAGGAGCUACCGAUAAAUCGGGCCCUCUGCAAUUUGCAAGGAAAUGUUAUUUGCCGGAUAGGUAUAGACUGUUUAUUGACGGGCUAUGGUACCUUGACAAGCUAGAGUUCCGACGCGCCUUGGAGUAUAUCACGGAGCCAUCUCUUAUACCCACCUUCUCUGAUGAGAUUCUUUACGUUCUCUCGGCAUCGUCAAAGCAGGAUGAUAGCCUCGCGAUAGCAUACUAUGUAACCGUCCAACCUCCACUAGCUUCGCCCAAGGCUCUUAACGCAUACUUUGCUACCUUGUGCCGUACAGGAGUCCCGGAAGCGUUCUAUUUCCUAAGACAGCAGCCCAAAGAGAGCAGCUCCCCACUCCUGGAACAGCUCAUAACCUUUGUGCUAUCAACCAAAGCAGGAGAACUGAGGGCAAAGAGGGCAAUGGAUCUGAUAAACCUACCGUUCAGCGAGGCUGAAGAAGAGUGUUUUAAUGAGCUACUACUGCGCGGCAACGCAAAGAAUCUGCAUGGCGCUCGGGAUACGGUCAUGAUGAGGCGCGUUGCCACCGGCCGCCUGGACAACCUUGAUAGUGAAUUGGAGUCCCUUGGAGGGCGCAGGUUGGAGGGCCUUAACUGGGAUGACCUGAAGAGAAAUCUAAAAUCGAGCCGUUCGGUUGAAGCCUAA